GUAGUGACGCUCGCUAUGUUGUUGGAUUGUGCAGCUUUGUGCUGAAUACGUUAAUUGCAGUAGGAUGUAAGCGGCCCUACGUCAGCCGACCAUUUCAGUGAUAGAACUAGUUCCGCCAUCAUGACAAACUGACCACAGUUGGAGCUGUCAGAGCUGGCCACCCGAUCACUCACUCACACACAUACAUACAGACAGACACAGACAGAUAUUGUAUUCCCACAAAGGAUUAUUAAAUAAUUAUUUUAUAUCACGUGUGAAAGGGGAAAGAACGAAAGAGAGUGAGAGUGUGGUGAAAGAAGUUGAGUGGAACCUCUCUAAAUUUCAAAAAUGUCGGGUAAUAUGGGUAUGGAGCAGCUUAUUCCUAUAGUGAAUAAGUUGCAGGACGCUUUUGCCACCCUCGGGGUGCCCAUCUCUUUGGAUCUGCCGCAGAUAGCUGUUGUUGGAAGUCAAAGUGCAGGAAAGAGCAGUGUGUUAGAGAAUUUUGUUGGCAGAGAUUUUUUACCCCGAGGGUCUGGAAUUGUGACAAGACGGCCUCUUGUUUUACAGCUAUUCAAUAAUAAAAAUGAAUAUGCUGAGUUUGUUCAUUGUAAAGGAAAAAAAUUCACUGAUUUUGACCUGGUUCGCAAGGAAAUUGAAGAUGAAACUGAUCGUGCUACUGGCAGCAACAAAGGAAUUAGUAAUAUCCCAAUUAAUCUUAGAGUAUUUUCCCCACAUGUUCUCAAUCUGACCUUGAUUGAUUUACCUGGUAUGACUAAAGUGGCUGUUGGGGACCAGCCCGCUGAUAUUGAACAACAAAUUAGAAGUAUGCUCUUAGAAUUUAUACAAAAAGAAAAUUGUCUCAUUCUUGCGGUAUCACCAGCCAACUCAGAUCUUGCAAAUUCUGAUGCUCUCAAAAUUGCUAAAGAAGUAGAUCUACAAGGGGUUCGAACUAUUGGAGUGAUUACCAAAUUAGAUUUGAUGGAUGAAGGCACUGAUGCUCGUGACAUACUUGAAAACCGUACAUUACCACUUCGUCGAGGUUACAUUGGAGUUGUAAACAGGAGCCAAAAAGACAUUGAUGGCAAAAAAGAUAUCCGAGCAGCACUUGCUGCAGAAAGAAAAUUCUUUCUUAGCCAUCCAUCUUACAGGCAUAUGGCUGAUAGAAUGGGAACUCCUUAUCUUCAGCGUGUCCUUAACCAACAGUUGACUAAUCAUAUAAGAGACACUUUACCUGCUCUUCGCAACAAGCUACAGUCUCAGUUACUUUCGAUGGAGAAAGAAGUCGAAGAAUAUAGAAAUUUCCGCCCAGAUGAUCCUGGGCGGAAAACCAAGGCUAUGCUCACAAUGGUACAGCAAUUUUCAGUGGAUUUUGAUAAAAAUAUAGAAGGAACUGGCUCCGAAAUUAAUGUCAUAGAGUUAUCAGGAGGAGCCAAAAUUAACCGAAUUUUCCAUGAGCGGUUUCCAUUUGAACUUGUUAAGGUGGAAUUUGAUGAAAAAGAACUUCGCCGUGAAAUUAGUUAUGCUAUUCGAAAUAUUCAUGGUAUUAGAACUGGUUUAUUCACACCAGACAUGGCUUUUGAGACAAUUGUCAAAAAACAAAUUGAAAAAUUACGUGAACCAUCGUUAAAAUGUGUUGAUAUGGUUGUUUCCGAACUCACAAGUGUAGUGAGAAAAUGUACUGAUAAAAUGUCCCGUUACCCCCUUCUGCGAGAAGAAACAGAAAGGAUUGUUAAUUCUGUUAUUCGUGAGCGUGAUCAGAAAUCUAAAGAUAACUUACUUCUCUUGGUUGACAUACAAUUAGCAUAUAUGAAUACAAACCAUGAAGAUUUCAUUGGUUUUGCAAAUGCUCAACAAAAGUCUGAAAACACCAGUAAAAGAAAACUAGGGAAUCAAGUAAUACGUCGAGGGUGGUUGACCUUGCACAAUAUCAGCUUCAUGAAAGGUGGAUCAAAAGACUUUUGGUUUGUCCUUACAGCAGAAACUUUCUCUUGGUUUAAAGAUGAAGAGGAGAAGGACAAGAAAUAUUUAAUUCCUUUAGAUGGUAUGAUGCUGCGUGACCUUGAAGACUCAUUUUUACACAAACAUAUGUUUGCCAUAUAUAGUACCAUGAGCAGGAAUGUGUACAAAGAUUAUAAGCAGCUAGAAUUGUCUGCUGAAAGUCAAGAAGAAAUAGACAGUUGGAAGGCAUCAUUCCUACGAGCUGGUGUUUACCCAGAGAAAGCACAAGAUAAGGGUGAUGAGUCAAAAGAUGACACUACAUCCAUGGAUCCUCAACUGGAGCGACAAGUGGAGACUAUCAGAAAUUUAGUAGAUUCCUACAUGAGAUUAGUUUACAAAACACAUCGGGAUUUGGUUCCAAAAACUAUUAUGCAUCUAAUAGUAAAUGAUGUGAAAGAUUUUAUAAGUGGUGGAGAAAUGUUGGCUCAGUUGUAUGCGUCUGCUGAUCAGAAUACUUUAAUGGAAGAAUCCUCUGAAGAGGCCAUGAGAAGAGAAGAAAUUCUGCGUAUGUAUCAUGCUACCAAAGAAGCAUUGAAUAUAAUUAGUGAAGUGACCACUAGUACAGUGACUACUCCACUCCCUCCACCUGUAGACAAUGAUUGGUUGCGUGCAGAAAGAGCAGAGAAUGGACCCUCUAGGUUAGCUGUGAAAAAUGGAUACACGAAAGUUAGCAGGCCUUCUUCACCUGGACCAAGCAGACCUCGUGGGCCGCCAAUGCCACCUUCUAGGCCAGUACCUACGCCAUCUAUUCCAAGUAGACCUGCACCAAAGGUCCCAAGUAGACCAGCUCCUGAUGCUCCACAGGCUGCUAUGCACAUGUCAAGUCAGCCUCUUCGCCCAAUCCCUAGUAUUCCACCCAGGAUCCCUGAGCGACCAUCGAUGCCACAGCGUCCUCAGUGAUCAUGGGAACUGUGCCAGAGAGAAAGAGACACACAGAGAUGUGCAUUAAGUACAUAUUGCAGCUAGAUCAAACAUUCAUUUAUUCCCCUAGGACAAUGAUUUGAAGAUUAAGAUAACUUUUGAUGAAUGGAAGAAAACAAACUAUUGCAGCAGUAGCAGCAUUUUCCAUUGUCAUUGCAAUUAAUACCACUAACAAAAAAUUUCUUAAUUACAAAUGUUUAAUUAUGGUCACUGUUCAAUGAACAUUAUCACUAAUAAUAAAUAAUAAUAAUAAUGAUAAUUACAACUAAAAUACCAAUCAUAAAAUGAAACGCUAAAGGAAAUCUACACAAAGUGAUUCUGUUAUCGCUGUUAUAUUGUUAUUGUUAUUAUUAUUAGUACUAUUAUUAUUAUUGGAAACCAUACAUGGUGUGUAUUCCUUUAGCAAAACUGCUCGUUACAAUUUUAUGAUCUAAUUAGGCAGUUAUACACAUUAGGAAAAAACAGUAUUUUUUUAUAACAAAAUGUAAAAAAAAAAGUGUAUUGAAAUAAACAAAUUUAUAGUUUAUGAACAUUUCUUUUUUUGUGACCACUAACAUUUUUAGAGACUUAGUUGGUUUUAAAAACAUUGUCAAUUUGCUGCAAAUAGUGCAAAUAUAAAUAAGGUCGUGUUUUAUUGAUGGGCACUAGUAAUUAGCCUUCCAAAACACCAAAGCUCUAAAUUUUAAUUGACAACCAGUCAUCACUCACCUAAACUUUUAUUGGUGUUUAUCAAGCAAGGAAUUAACAGUAAAUUCUAAAUUCUUCAGUAAGGCUUGUUUUGUUCGACAUGACUGUUUCACUCUGAUUACUAUUAAAAUUACCCAAAUAAUUUUAAUAUAUUAUAAAAUGAUAUUUUAGAUGCGAUAAUGGUUUAUCUAAAAUUAUAAUAUAUUUAAAAGAUGGAAAAAAAUAAACAUUAUUUAAAAAUGGAAUUUUAAUUAUUAAAAAAAAAAUGUGCUAAUGACAUUUGUUUGGUGUGGUUAAGUUUUGAUAAUUGUUUGACAAUGAAUGAAACCAUUAGGAUUUGAGAGAAGCUAAGUGUUCUCUUCUGGCAUUCCUAAUGGCAUUCCACUUACAGGACCACUACCAUUUUGAGCAAUAAUAAUUGUUACAUGUAGCUUAUUGUUUUUACUAGAUAGUAAAUAAACAAAAUCUUAUUAGAUAUAUUGAUGUAUGUGAUUUGGAAAACGGAGAGAUAAAGUAUUGGUGCAAAGAAGCAGAAGAAUGAAUGAAAGAGGGAGAUGGAGAAAUAGUGUGUGUGUGUAUAUAUAUAUGUGUGUGUGCAUGAGAGAAGAUGUAGUUAUUGUUAAAACACAAUAUGAAGUGUUUUCUUCCUAAUGCUAUUGUUAAUUGUGGAGAUGUGGUAGUUAGUUAAGUCAUAGAUAUAUAUAUAUGUGUGUGUGACUGUGUUUGUAUGCAAUAUAUAUAUGUAUAUAUAUAUAUAUAUAUAUAUAUAUAUAUAUAUAUAUAUAUAUAUAUACAUGCACACGCAUAAACAUAGUGUUACUUGUAGAUGCUACUUCUAAUCUUAAUCAGUAUUUCUGUAAGCCAAUUAAUACUAAUCAAUAUUUCUGUAAACUUUGAUGCAAAAUAGUUUUUUUUUUUUGGGUGGAAAGUAAUUGAAAUUGUUGUGAUUUCAUUGUAAAUAUUGUGAAUUAAUAACUGGAUGUUGUUACCUCCCUUCUCAGUACUGUUCACAAAUCUCUUCUCAGUUGGAAAACUUUGGAAAGUUGUACACUCUGAGGAACUAUUCAUUUUGAAUUUGUUUACAGAGAAUUUUCCUGGCAGUUAUUUUUAGUUUACAAAAAUUUUAGAUUUAAUUUCUUUAUUAAAUUUAAAUUAAUUUCUCUCUCCUUUUCUUUUUCUCUCUCUCUUUCUCUCUCUCUCUCUCUCUUUCUCCUACAUACACAUACAACACAUGCACACACAUAUAUUACUUUUUCUUUUUAUAAUCUAAAUUCUUUAAAUGCAGGUGGUUUUCUUUCAUUGUUUGAUCAAGGGAAUUUAUUGUUGUUAAAUACUGUAAUUUCUCUACCUAUAUUUAAUGUUUUUGUUUUUAAAUGAAAUUUCCAUUUAAAAAAAAAAAAAGGACUUAUACAGUAAUAAAGAUUAUUUCCCCCCCCCCACACACACACACAUGCACAGAUGCACAUUUAAAGUAAAUAAGUACAGAUUAUGCUUAUAACUACCUUGAAUUUGAGAUAUUGAUAUUCAUAUGCACAUCUGUAUGGAUAUGUUUAUGAAUUCCAAGAAGUACCGUUACAGAUGAUGAUGGUAAUAAUAUCUGUGGUACAUCUUUAUUGGCAUACACACACUUUUACCUCUUGUAUGUAUGCAUAGACAAACAUAUACACAAAAAUUAAAACCAACUAGAACAGGAACAGGUUACAGAAUAUCUAUGGUAUAUAUUCUGUAAAUGCACCAACAAAUAUUAUCAAACUUUUAAAACACAUUCUGUUGAUAUCCUACUUUUACAAGGCAAGAUGAGUUAUAGAAACGAAAGUUGGACCCAUUAUUUUAUUAAACAUCUUUUUAUGUUUCCAUUUAACCGACAUUUUGUCAGCUGGUUAAUCAAAUAUUGAAAUGCUUUUUUUUUUAUUGUGUAUGUUUUAUAUAUAUAUAUCUAUGUGCAGGUAUAAAAAUAUCUAUAUGAAUAUAUGUAUACAUGUAUGAAAAUAUUAGAUAUAACAAUAUCUUUAUACGUUUAUGUAUAUAUGUGUCUGGAACUAUUUAUAUAUAGGUAUACAAAUAUCUAAGUAUUCAUAUACAUUUAUGCAUAUAUGUAUAUAAAUACCUAUAUACAAGUAUAAAAAUAUCUAUUUGCAUAUAUGCAUACAUAUGUAAAACUAUACAUGUAUUCAUAUACCAAAAUACCUGUAUAUGCAUUGUAUAUAAAAUAUCUAUGUAUAUAUGCAUAUGUAUAUAAAAAUAUCUAUCUAUAUAUAUGACUGUAUAAUUAUGUGUAUGUCUCUAUACAUAUAUGUACGUGUGUCUGUGUAUAUCUAUGUUUGUGUGUAUAAAGCAAAACUUCGUGCAAAUGUAUAUUUAACAUC